AUGCAGAACUCUUCCCAACUCUACCCUUGGACCAGCAAGCAACAAGGUCUAAUUCUGAGUUCAUUUUACUGGGGCUACGUGGUGACCCACAUCCCAGGUGGUAUCAUAGCCGAGAAAUUCGGCGGGAAGCAUUCUCUAGGACUGGGAAUCCUGUGCACAGCUAUUUUCACCUUUAUAACCCCUUUUGUUAUUUACGCCACUGACGGGAACUGGGUGUGGGUGGUGGUGGUGAGGAUUAUCGAAGGACUUGGAGAGGGUACCACUUUUCCAGCUCUAACGACGCUACUGGCGAAUUGGGUACCCCUAAGUGAGAGAUCAAAAAUUGGGACACUAGUAUAUGCAGGGAGUCAAAUAGGUACUGUGGUGGGAAAUUCCGUGAGCGGCGCCCUCAUAGCAGCCACCCACGACUGGGCUAUAGUUUUCUACGUUUUCGGAAUUAUGGGUAUUGUGUGGGUCAUCCUUUUCAUGAUGCUGUGCUAUGCUAGUCCAGAAUCUCAUCCCUUCAUCAGCGAAAAGGAAAAGAUUUUCUUAGGGGAACAAAUAGCGAACGUACCACACGAAGACAAAGUCAUCCCCUGGAAAUCCAUCUUGACCUCCUGGCCCAUAUGGGCGUUAGUGGUGGCCCAAAUAGGCCACGAUUGGGGCUUCUUCACGAUGGUGACCGAUCUUCCCAAGUACAUGAAAGAUGUGCUACACUUCAACGUCAAAGAGAACGGGGUAUGGUCUUCAGUUCCAUACAUUUUCAUGUGGAUCAUAUCAAUGAGCUCAGGGUGGCUGUGCGACUGGUUGAUAUCCAGGAAAAGCCUAAGUUUGACCAAGGCUAGGAAAACGUUCACUACGAUUGCUUCAAUGGGGCCUGCCAUCUUUAUACUAGCGGCAUCCUACUCAGGAUGCGACAGGACAAUGGCCGUGAGUAUGUUCACCAUCGCCAUGGGCUUCAUGGGAACCUUCUACUGUGGUAUGAAGGUGAACGCUUUGGAUUUAUCGCCCAAUUACGCGGGAACUAUCAUGGCUAUAGUCAACGGUAUUGGGGGACUCACCGGUAUCAUUGUGCCAUACCUGAUAGGAGCUCUAACGGAAAACCACACGUUGGAGGAAUGGAGGGUCGUCUUUUGGAUCACGUUCGGCGUCUUCUUCGUGACGAACGUGAUUUUCCUGCUCUUCGGCAGCGGGAAAGUUCAGAAAUGGAACGAUAACGACGAAAAAAGACUAGAACUAUCGAAAGUGACGCCUCCCGAAGUUGUAAAAACGAACCUGUGACGGAUUAAAGUUAUCGUACAAGUAUUUUUUCCACUUUUGGUUGACGCGUUGAUAGUGAGAAUACUAAAUAUAUAGUCGUUCUGUUCUCAAUGCUUCAGUUGUGUGUACGACUAUUAAGGUAUUAUCUACACUAAUUAUUGAUAAUACUGACAUACAAAAAUGCAAGCCUUAUCUUAAUUAAUUCAACAAAGCAUUAUAUAAUUAAAAUUUUUGGGAAUGAUUUCGACUCUGUAAAAAAUAAACAAAUUAUUUCGUACAUGAAUGAAAUGUAUGCACGACAUUCUUCACAUUUUCUUGGUUUUAGCAGUUUCAUUAACAAAUUUAUAUAAAACGUUAAUACGAUAAGGAUUUGGAGUACAAUCCAUGAUUUGAUCAUUGGGAAUUAAGUGACGACCUUCGUGUACGAUUAGUUGAUUAGACAGAUAUGUAUUAUCUUGUGAUUUGUAAGUAGUAAGCUAGCAGUUUAGUAAUUUAAAUAUUU